AUGCGGUGGGGGUGGGGGCGCGGCCUCUCGAGGAUGAUGUGGAGGUGGAGGCGGGGGUGGAGGCGGAGCUGCAUCACGGGGGUGAGGGCGCUGUGGAGGCGGGAAAGGCGGAGGCGGAGGCGGAGCUACAUCUCUAGAAUGAUGCAGAGAUGGAGGCGGCAGCGGAGGCGGAGGCGGACCAGCCGCUCUCUUAGCAAGAGACUCGUCAACAUAGCCGGCGAUCAGGUCGCGAGCCAUGAAGGAUCCGCCAUCGAAGUCAAACUCGCGGCGGGACAGGGGAGCGGCCAUCGGAGCGGCACUCACGAUGCCAGCUGCAGAAAGCAUGCAGGCGAGGGAGACGAAUCGCAUCAAAGCGAACAUGUCGACAAGGUGUAGGGAAAGAUUUGCGAAAAAGCUGGGAGUGAGAGUAUGAGAGCAGUCGGCUUGUC